AUGUUUACAAUAAAACCCAAGGGGGAGAAAAACAGUAUAUGCAAAACCGCGCCACCGCCCCCUUUCUCGCUUGUCGAUCCUCUCGAAGUGGUGCCCACAGGAAGUGCCUUACCCCGAGUCAUAGUUCAUGUGGAUCUGGAUUGUUUUUAUGCACAAGUAGAAAUGAUCUUAAAUCCAGAAUUAAAGGACAAACCUUUAGGAGUUCAGCAGAAAUCCUUGUUGGUUACCUGCAACUAUGAAGCCAGGAAACUUGGAGUUAAGAAAUUGAUGAGUAUCAGAGAUGCAAAAGAAAAAUGUCCACAGCUGGUAUUAGUUAAUGGAGAAGACUUGACUCAGUAUAGAGAGAUGUCAUACAAGGUUACAGAGCUAUUGGAAGAAUUUAGUCCAAUUGUUGAGAGACUUGGAUUUGAUGAGAACUUUGUGGAUAUAACAGAAAUGGUUGAGAAGAGACUACAGCAGCUUCAAAGUGAUGACCGUUCCUUGUCAGCGUCGGGUCACGUAUACAAUGAUCAGUCUGUCAACCUGCAUGACAUCUUGCACAUCAGGCUGCUUGUGGGCUCUCAGAUUGCAGCAGAGAUGCGGGAAGCCUUAUGCAGUCGGCUUGGUCUCACUGGCUGUGCAGGGGUGGCUUCCAACAAACUGCUGGCGAAAUUAGUUGGUGGCGUCUUUAAGCCAAAUCAGCAAACAGUCUUAUUACCUGAAAGUCGUCAAGAUCUCAUUAAUAGUUUGAAACACAUAAAGGAAAUGCCUGGUAUUGGCUAUAAAACUAGCAAACGGCUUGCAGCAUUGGGUAUCACUAGUGUUCACGAUCUUCAGAUGUUUUCACCCAAAAUAUUAGAAAAGGAAUUUGGAAUGGCAGUUUCUCAGCGUCUCCAGAAGCUCAGUUUUGGGAAGGAUGACUCUCCUGUGACGCCCUCAGGACCACCGCAGUCCUUUAGUGAAGAAGAUUCAUUUAAAAAGUGUUCAUCAGAUGGUGAAGUUAAAAAAAAGAUUGCAGAACUACUUGCUAGUCUUUUAAAAAGAGUAAGCCAGGAUGGAAGGAAGCCACAUACAGUAAGGCUGAUAAUCCGUCGGUGUUCAUCUGAGCAGCACUCUAGUCGGGAGAGUCGUCAGUGCGCCAUUCCUUCCCAUCUCAUUCCGAAGCUGGGGACAGGAAACUAUGAUGUGACGACCCCAAUGGUUGAUAUACUUAUGAAACUUUUUCGAAAUAUGGUGAAUGUGAAGAUGCCCUUUCACCUCACUCUUCUGAGUGUAUGCUUCUGCAAUCUUAAAGCAACAACUCCUGUUAAGAAAGGACCCCUUGACUAUUACUUAACACCCUCUUUAUCAACAACCUCACACCCUGGCAAACACAGCUUGAAAAUGAAAGACACUCAUGUGGAAGAUUUUUCAAAAGACAAAGGAACAAACUGGGAUUUUCUACCAAGUGGAAGAACUGAAAGUCCAGGAACUGGGGAGUCACCACUAGAUGCUACCGAUUUGUCUAAGGAAAAAGAUAUUAAUGAAUUUGCAGUCCACUCGCUUCCUGCCGGUGUUGACCAAGAAGUUUUUAAGCAACUUCCAGUAGAUAUACAAGAAGAAAUCCUUUCCGGAAAAUCUAAACAAAAACUGCAAGGCAAAGAAAGUGUGAGAUGUCCAUUACGUGCUUCUAGAGGAAUAUUAUCUUUCUUUUCUGCCAAACAAAAGCACGAUACUCUUUCAAAUCCUAGAGAUCAUUUAUCCAAUAGCAAACAAGUAUCGUCUGACUCUCCCUCUGAACCAGGAACAUCAGGCUCACCUAACUGUCGUUCCUCUUCCAUGUCUACCCAGAAGCAUCAUGAACAUGAACUAACGAGUCAGGGAACUAAAGAGCCUCAAAGAGUUCUCUUGUCUGAUACCCACCCUGCUGGAUCUAUUUUGCAUUCAUUUCCAAAUUUGCGAAAUGAGCAAAUUCCUUCCAGAAACUACAUUGCAGAUAACCAUAAGGAACCCAAAGCAACAGUCUCUCAUGAAGGAUUGAGAGAAAACAGACAGCAGAGUUUCACAAAGGAGAAAAUGGCUUUUCCUUCUGAUAUUGACCCUGAGGUUUUCUAUGAGCUCCCAGAAGAAGUACAAAAGGAACUCCUGGCGGACUGGAAGAGAACAGGCUCGCGUUUCCGGCCUGCGUGUUGA